CACCACCACCACCGCCACUGCAACUAUGGCCAGCUUUGUAGAGAAGCUCGACUCGCAGCUUGCCGAGCUGCUCGCGGGCUGGAAUGGCGCCACCACCGCCAUCGCCAUCGCCAUUGUCACUUUCUUGGGCUACUCUAUCUGGCUGAACCUCGAGGACCCUGACAUUCACCCGAUGCUACUGGCCCGAAGCUCCGUCGCCGCAGGAAUCAGACAACCCGGAGAAUCCGCCGUCUAUCGCUCACCUCAAGUGCCCCAUGGCUAUCCGCUUCAGACUGGUCUCAGCAUCCCCGCGGAACAACGUUACCAGAGACGCGACGGCGAUCUGCGCGACGUUUGGCGCAAAGUCGCCGGCAAGCUUCCGCUCGACCAAGGAAAAUCGCUCAGGCACCCAGGCAGGAUCUUUACCGUCCUGGGCAAAGAUGUUGUCGACCACAAGGUUGACGAUAUCUCCAAGGAGAUCAACAUCAUCGGCAACCACAUCAAGGCACAUGGCUGCAAGCGCGUGGCCGUCUAUCUGCCCAACUCCAUCGAGCUCCUCGAGACCAUCUUCGCUGCCGCUUUCUACGGAUUCUCUCCUGUCCUGCUUCCUUACAACCAACCUCACGAUGUCGUAGUCUCGAUGCUGCAGAGAAGCGAAGCCGAUUCCCUCAUCGCCGAGGCGGGCUCCAUUCCUCUUACCGACGUUACCAAUGGUGUGCCGAACCUCAAGCAGCUCAUCUGGGUUGUGGAGAAGACGAGCCGGCACGUCGAUUGGAACGAGGUUCCCGAGGGAGCAGGAGGAAGAAUCGAGGUCUCGAGCUGGCAUGAGGUUAUCCAGGACAAUAUUUCUGAGGCGAAUGCCGACCUUCCUGCGAAUGUUAGUGGCCAGAAGGCUGAGAACCUCUUCAUGGUCUGGCAGGACAGAGUGGGCGGACCAGGCGAGAUUGUCGAAUUUACCCAACAGAACCUGUCCGCUGCCAUUGCCAGUUUGAUUGCUGCCCUGCCCACCGGUCAGCGCAUGAACCCUUCCGACCUUUUCCUGCCCGCAGAUUCACUCACGCACUCGUACACCUUGGCAUUGACCAUGGCCGCGCUCUUUUCUCACGCUUCCGUCGCCAUAAACUCAGUCGCAGGUGUCGGAGUCGAGCUGAACCUGGCUUCGCGCGGUAUCGCCCCGACGAUCGUCGCCAUCUCCGCCGAGACCGCCGCCAACCUGCACAGCGCGACGUCGUCCUCCAUCACCAGCGGGCUCAAGAAGCUUGCCCACCACGCCGAGACGCGGGCACUGUCGGCCGGCCGGAUGCCCACCAACUCGCUCCUCACGAAGUUUAACGCGCCCACUCGCGCCGCCGUGGGCACCACGCCCGGCAAGCUGCGGCUCGUCUUCGUCUCGGAAAAGGCCGGCGCGGACACGCCGCCUCUCACGUCGACCGACCUGUCGGACCUGCGCAUCUACCUCGACGCGCGCGUCGUCUAUGCGUUGACUGCGGCCCGCGUUGCCGGUGCCAUUUCCCAGACCAACAUCUUUGACUACCGCCGCGAGGAUAACAACGGCGGCCAGCACAAACACAGCCAUUUUGGCGCGCCGCUCAACAGCGUCGAAAUCAAGCUUGUGGAUACGCCGGACCAGAAGACGACGGAUGACCGGCCGGCUGGAGAGGUGGUUGUGAUGGGUCCGGCCGUGGUUGGGGGCAGAGCGAGCAUCAGCGCUGUUGGGACAUUUAGAGAUGAUGGCUGCUUGGCGUAUGUAUAGAGUAGAGCUCUAGCGGUCUCUGUCUGUGAGGAGCUGUGAUCUACACGGCUCAUAUAGCAUUUUCCAGAGUCUAUCGCUGCUUCAAUUUGGAAAUCAUGCACUGAAGGUGUGAAGGCUUCAAAAUGGAGCAACCCGUACC